AUGGACACCGACAGGAAGUGCAAAGCUUCGGAAGAGAACGGAAUGCGGCAAGAACAGCAAGAUCUGCUUGCCCACGUGAAUCUGAGCACAGUCGCCGCUCAUUACUCUGACAUCCGAAACCACAAAGACGCUAAUAACGAACCGGAAAACUCUUCACACAACGAGUUGGCUAAGCUGAUCGAGGGCGGCUCGACAGUCUACACGAACACGGAGAAAAAGCAACUGCGGUGA